UACUGGUGCUGACACCGGUUCUUAUAGCUGCCAAAGACAUCUAUUGUGGAGCCUUGAAUAAAGACGUAUUGAUAAUAGGAUUGCCUGCGAGGGCUGAGGAGACACUGAUGGCGACUGAAGAUCAGGUGAAGGACAUAAUCCACAGAUGGCAAAAUACUCCAGAGGACGAGUUGAAGCCAGAGGACUACCAGCGGUUCAAGAAUUUGGGAUCUGCCUGUCUCACCCGGGGGGACGCUGCACAACUACUGGAAUUCCUUCAGGAUGACAAGAACCAGGGGAUCGUGAGGUGUAUGGGAUGCGUUCUCAUGGCGCCUCUUCUAAAUGAAGUGGUUCAAAAGGAGAAGAGUCUCGAUCGCUGCCAGGCUGCCAUCACACAUCUGACCAGGACUUGCAGGCCCGAUGAACUCCUGCACAGCUUGCUUGAGCUGCUUGAAGACAUUGAUCCGGGGGCCAUUUGUGAGACCAUCUUAGCCCUCGUUCCCCAUCUUCAAACAGUGCUGCUGCGGCUGGGUGACAGAAAGGCGGCUGGCGUGGGCUCGGCUCUGACCGCCCUGCAGAAGCAGCUGUCCCGGCUGCCCGUGCCUUACAGCCGGCAGCAGGAGGAGGCCGACGAGCACGGCCUGUGCCGCUGCUGCAGCGCCCUGGCCGUGUUCGCCAAGCCAUUCGUGGAGGAGGUGAAGGGGAGGAAUGGAGAGCACGUGGCCACCGCUGAGGAUGAGGAGCUGAGGACCGAGCUUCUCAAGUUCUGCCUGAGGAGCUUGAGGGAGCCCUUGCUCGAGGCCGAACUGACCCGGGACAGAAGAUCCUCCCUGUGGCUUUUUGCGACAGAGAUACUGGUCACGCUGCCUGCCAUCCAGGAGUCUCUGCCAGAGCUGCUGUUCUUCAGCCCUCUGAAGAAAAGCAGCAGUCAGUCCAAGGAGUCCAGAGCCUGUCUGGCUUACCUGCUGUUCGUCCAGCUCAUCGGCAUCCACAGCUUCCCGGCAGUAUUCAGUCCUCUGUUUGUUCUUCAGUGCAACAUGGACUACAUCAAUCAACUGCUCAGUAGCAAAAAGGAAUCACACUUGCUCAAAGGACUGGCGCUGUAUGCAAAGAGCUUGGAGAGUGUGCAGGACAACAGCCUCCCAGUGAGUCUGCUGGAACUGAAGAGCUUCUACAGCGUGCCACAGAAUCUGAGGCAGGUUCUUACCGACUGCCCAAUGCAGCAUUUGAGAGAAUCCGGACUACAGGUUUUCCAGCUCUUCAUCGAUAAAUUAGACGCUGAAGCGAAGCACAAGUUCUUCAGGUGCAUGUUAAAAACCAGCAACCAUGCAGGAGUCGAGAGUUACAUAGUAAAGAACAUCAGGAGUCAAGUGGAAUUUGCUAUGAAGCCGGGUACUGCCAACAAAGGGUUCCUGGGGGCGGAGUUUCUCUCAUUGAUGGGACUGGUGUUGAGUUUGCCAAAAGGUGCUCAGACAGAUUUGCUUCACAGCAUGGACAGGAUAAUGGAGAGUCUGAAUUUCCUCCGCUACCUCCUCAUCAGAGACACAGAACUGAGGAGCGCUACAGAUGUGUGGGAAGAGCUGAGUGGGAUCAAAGAGGAAUACCUGAAAAUGCUGCGUCUGUGCAUCGGCAGAUCAAGAAGACACUAUUCCUCUGAACUGAAGGCACUGAGGGGGGAUCAAAAGCUGAGAGCAAACGAAGCCAGAGAGGCUGCCAGAUCCACCAGAGUAUUAAAAAGCAUGGCGGUGAAACAUGAGGAAGUGUCCGAUAUGUCCCCAGAGGUCCAGCACCAGGUGCUGCAGAGUGCUUUGGUGACCUUUGACCUGAUGGAGAGUCUUAUAGUGCGUAUCGAGGAGAUCACGGAGGAAAAGCGGAAGAACUGAAUCCAGGUGUCACUUCAGACCGCCGGGAUAUUUUCAAUAAACACCGUUUUAUUUCUGUUUGACUGAAAAAACAUGCAGGACAAAGAACCUUUCAUUUUUUAUGAAACAAUGUAAAAGAAAAAUAGAACAAACUGUGCUAAUAUAUUGAAACAUCUUUUAAAUUUACCAAGUAACACUUGUGCUUUAGCAUCAAAUAAAACAACACGUGUUAAGUGUGUGAACACG